AUGUAUACGAUAAAUGUGGCAGCGCCCCUGGCCAGCUUAUCUAAAGUUCCAUGCAAACUGCGCGGAUAUUAUAUAAGUGCGUCAAAUUCUUCACACUGGCAUCAGCAUCAAAUCCUCUCAAUUUUUCACACUUGUUUACAAUUGUGGAAUUGCAUUAUACCAUCGACAAAUCCUAAACAGCAACACCCGAUUGUUUUCGGCCACGCUGAUUUCCACCACGAUACUACAAUGAACGAUACUGUUAUGCUCUCGCGCGAAAAGACCAUCGACUAUAUGGAAAAGAGACAGGAAGCGACUGUGCUCCGGUAUAUGCGGCAGAUUGCAGAACUUGAAGGCGCCACCGGACCUGGAGGUGCGGUUUCUCUCAGAAUGGGGGCUCGUGAUUUCAGUACCCUUGAUAAUGGGGAAAUUGCCAGCAUCAUGGAGUCUGAACAGGAGUUUUUGGAACAGCGGCUCCAACGGAAAGUAGAGUCGUUGACUGGGGCCAGAAGGUGGUCUUGUCCGGCAUACAAUAAUGCUUGA